AUGCAAAAGGUUGAAGUUGGUGAUGAAGGACCGUUGGGGGAUGAGAUUAGGGAUGAAGAAGUUGAAGAAGUUGUUAUGGAGGAGGUUAGGACUGAAGGUGUCAGGGAUGAAGGGGUUAGGGAUGAAGGGGUUAGGGAUGAAGCUGAUAAUGAGGGGGUUAGGGAUAAAGCUGAUAAUGAGGGGGUUAGGGAUGAUGCUGAUAAUGAGGGGGUUAGGGAUGAUGCUGAUAAUCAGGAUGGUUAUGUUAGUGAAGAAGAUGAGGACUAUGUUGCAAGUGAUGAAGAAAGUGAAGAUGACUCUUAUAUAGGUGUUGAUGGAGCAGAAUGGGAUUGGACAAGUGAAAUACCUGUUGGGGGUGGAAGCAUGAAUGAAACACAAACUAUUGAUGAAGAGUCUGACCAAGAUGAAAGUAACUUACACACUCCUGUUGAGAGUGAUGAUGAAAUUGUUCAGAAAAAGGAAUUUUCUUACUUUCAAAGUUCCUGA